AAUUUUCAUGUUAUCAGCAUUGCAGAAAGGAAACGUCUGGCUCAUGUUUGCAGUGUGUUAGGACUGUGGAAUCUUGUGGCUGGUCUGAAAUAAUCCAGCAUUAUUUUAUCAGUUCAUUUGGCUUGCAGAGUGCUGAGGACCUUGUCUGAGCUUUGAUUCACUGAUGAACCUUGUUUGAACUUCACUGCCUGCUCAUCAUUCUCCAGCCUUAAAUUGUAUUUUAUUACUUCUCUCUGACCGUCUUUUGGCCAUCAGUACUCAUGUACAACAGUGGGUACUCCCAUGUGAAGAGGUACAGCCCGGAGGCCCAAAAGAGGAUGCAGUACCGCUCAAAGGGCAAGAGCUGCGGCUACUACAUGCGCAUUGUCUUCUUCUUCUCUUCCCUCAUUCAGUCUCUUAUCAUAGUUAGUCUCGUGCUCUUUCUGGUAUACGGUAAGAAGCAGGACUCGGCAUCCACAGGACAACGCAUUGAGAGCUUGGAGGAGAGCUUCAGCCGGCUCUCCAUAGAGAAUGUCGCUCUCAGGGAGCAGAGGAAGAACCUGACAAACUUACUAAAUGCUACCCUGACUAGUAAGGCCCGUAUCGAAUUGGACCUGUUGAAGCUCCGCUACUUGGCCAACCUCUCACUGCUCUUUAUCCAAGAUUUUGAAAGGAAGCUGCAACUGUGCAAUAACAACCCGCUCCUCUGCAAGAAUCCCCAACCUAUUGGGUGCCCUCCAAUCAUUUCCACUGGCCCUAACGCCUGUGGGAUGCUGGGAGCCAGACUUCAGCUGAUGGAGUCCAACUUCACCCAAACAAUGCGGAUGAUGAGGAGGGACAUGGAGCAGACUGCUAAAGAGAGGGACUACAUUAACUUGGAGGCCAUCCGUCUGAGGAGAGACAAAUCCACACUACAAAAAGAGUUGGACUUCUAUAGACGACAAUCUAAAGAUGACUUUUCGCUGUCCCUGAGUGGUGUCUCCAAUGUCUCUAAGGCUUUUCUAAAGAAGAUCGAAUCCCUCUUCCCUGCACACAUUGCCUUCCAAAUCACCUGUCCAAAACAGAGGGAACACCUCGAGCAGAUCCGCACCAACUGCACCAGUCUUUCCAGAGAAGUAGAGGACAAGCUCCAGGGUUACCUGAACAGUGUAGGAGACCAGGUGUCAGGCAUCCAGGGUGAGAACAACCACUUAAAGGCAGAGAACUGGCGACUGUCUGAGGACUACCGCUGGUGCAGUAAGAACCGCACAGGCCUGAUCCAGGAGCACAAACAGAACUUAGACCAGCUUCAAUUGAAACAUGACAAGGAGAAGGAGAAACUCCUGGUGGAGAAGGAAAAGCAAAAUGGAAAAAUAGAUAUUCUGGAGCACAGUGUCAACUUGAGAAAUAGUGAAGUUGCUCAUCUUACAGAGCAAAUCAAGCAGCUCAAUGUGUCCUGCAUGUCUAGGACAGGGUUUGGUGGAUUUUCAGGUGGCUCAGUCUCUCGGGUAAACCCGUGGAAUCAGCCCGGGUCGACAGGGUCAGGUGGUUUGGGUUCGAGCUUUGGCUCAUUUGGGUCAGUGUUAAACAAGCCAGGAUCGGGAACAAGCUCCAUCGGAUCAGCACUCAGCAAGCCAAGAUCAAACGAGGGAGCUUUCUCAAACACUGGAUCAGCACCCUCAAGUCCAAAUCUCGGCUCAGGUGGGAUAGCCUCAUAUAAGCCAGCACUUAAUGCGAGAGGGUCAUCUACCAUUGGGACAGCCUCUGGAUCAAUUGGUUCAAGUUCAAGUCUUAGCUCAAGUGGGAUAGGCUUAACUAAGCCAUCAUCCAGCGUGAGAAGCUCCUCUGGUUUCGGGUCAUCCCCUGAGUCAGCUGGAUCAGCAAGUAAAACUGGGUCAACCAGCUCUGCAAUUUCUUGGUUUGGGUUUGGGAGCAGUAACUCAGGAUCAAGUAAGACAGGAGGUGGAACUAGUUAUGGUGGAACUGGAUCUUCAUUUGGUGCAGGAAGGAUGAAUGGACAGGGAGGAGGCACAACCAGCCUUGCUCAGCACCUUCAAGAUCUGCAACGCAUCAUCAACGCCUCUGGCCCACAGGAGAAACAAAAUCCCUCUAGGAUGUUGGGUUAGUUGAUCUAAAUGAGACAAACCAAAGAAUCAUGAGAUCUGCCCUCCACUGCACCGUUAUACAUAGCUAAAUGCAAUCCCCUCAUAUUGAGUUCACACAUUGUAUAUCCAUAAAUGUACCAAUGUAAUAAAUACUGUUUAUGACAGUUUAUGCUUCAUAAUGCAUUUAUAAAUGUAAUAUGAAUAACCCUUACACUUUGGUGUUGAUGACUUGUAUCUACACAUUAUGCAUUUCAGCAUGAAUAAUCAUGUAUUAUUUUUAGACGGUAAAUACAUAAAAAAAUAAAAGCUU